UUUUUUGUUCCUUUGAAGUUUAAAUAACCCUAGAAGAUUCAUUUUGUUCAUCGCCUUCUCUUUCGCUGUUAGCACUUCUCCUCAAUAACAAUGGCGUUUUGGGGUGUUGAGGUGAAACCUGAGAGGUCCUUCAUCCUCAGUGCUUCCAGUUCACGUGCAAGGCUUCACAUUUCUCAGGCAGCACUAGGGAUUGGGAAUUCAAGGGAGAAAAGCAUAGUCCAGUGUAAAGUAGGGGGCAAAAGUCCCAUCAUUUUGUGUGUGUUGUCUCCCGACAACGUUGAAUCUGCCCUGUUGAAUCUGGAAUUCGAAGAAGCUGUCCACGCAGUCUUCUCCGUCGUUGGAUCUCGAAGCGUGCAUCUAACUGGUUUUUAUCUCAAUGGGAAGAAGAAGAAGACUAAUUUCCCAGGGUCAGAGAAUUACGAAGAAGACUUAGGAGAUACGGAUACGGAAAGGUCUUCCAAGGGUGACGAUGAUUAUGACUACAAUGAUAGUUUUAUCAAUGACGCCGACCCUACAGCUCGCCCACUGCUUCCUCCAGUGUUUCCCUGGGAGAUGGAUGAGUGGGAGAAGAAACAGAAGUUAGUCGGAAAAUACAAGAGGAAACACAAUCUGGAGAUGUUGGUUCGUCAAAAAACGUCAGGAGGAAGCAAAUUCAUGGGUUGAUGUUCGGUUCGAGCGUCUGAGGAAAAAAAAGACUGGUGUUCCCAAUUAAGCUUUCCUUUUUGUUUCGUUGGGUUAAUGGUCGGUUGAGUUUGUGUUGGGUUAAUACUCUCAAGUUUGGUUGUUUCAGUGUUCUCUGUUUGGUCUUAUGAUUCGUUUGCUGAGCAUUACGAUUACGCCGUUCUCCGUUAUUGAUUUUCAGAAAAGAAUGAUGUUUAUGAGUUUUAA